UUGGGGGUAAUAGAGGCUAGAGAGCCAUUCUUCCAUUUCUCCCAAUGAUAUGUCCUCCGAUACACACCCUUUUCAAGUGUGUUUCAUAGAGAUAUACAGUUACUCGAGAGUCAAGACACACCCCACACAAACAAUAGCCUCGUUUCCGCCGGAGUUCUAAGUUCUAACCCACAAAUGAAGACAGAACCAUCUGCAAAUGUACCUUCAAGUGCCUUGAAGUAUCAGUUGUGCUCUUCCCAAGGGCAACCAAAGAUUUCUGGAUGUGGCACUGUUAUGAAAGAAAAUCCAUUUGAUCUCUUACAAUCUCUAUAUGAUGGUGCGAUAGCUGGAGCUGUUGCUGGUGGUGUUGUAGAAACAGUUUUAUAUCCAAUAGAUACAAUUAAAACACGGCUGCAGGCAGCCCACGGGGGCGGGAAAAUAAUUUUUAAAGGCCUCUACUCUGGAUUGUCUGGAAAUUUGCUUGGUGUUUUACCGGCGUCUGCGAUAUUUGUGGGUGUGUACGAGCCAAUAAAGCAGAAGUUGUUAAAGAUCUUCCCUGAGAACUUCAGUGCUCUGGCUCAUUUUUCUGCAGGUGCCAUUGCAGGAGCUGCCUCUUCUAUUGUCAGAGUCCCAACAGAGGUUGUGAAACAAAGGAUGCAGACUGGUCAGUUUGCUACAGCUCCUAAUGCAGUGCGUAUGAUUGUUUCUAGAGAAGGAUUUAGAGGCCUUUAUGCGGGAUAUGGAUCCUUUCUACUGCGUGAUCUGCCUUUCGAUGCGAUGCAAUUUUGUAUCUAUGAGCAAAUAAGGCUUGGUUAUAGGCUCGCAGCAAGGAGGGAACUGAAUGACUCUGAAAAUGCUCUAAUUGGUGCUUUUGCAGGCAUUGUAACAGGAGCUAUUACGACACCUCUUGAUGUGAUCAAGACGCGACUCAUGAUUCAGGGCUCGACGAAGCAGUACACGGGCAUAUAUGACUGUGUCAGAACAAUAAUGAGAGAAGAAGGAAGCCAUGUCUUUAUGAAGGGUAUAGGACCAAGAGUUUUAUGGAUUGGCAUUGGGGGCUCUAUCUUUUUUGGUGUUCUGGAGAAGACGAAACAAGUGCUUUCUUCGCGCAAAUUGCUGAACAGUGAAUGAGCAUCUCAAAAAAAAAAAAAAAAAAAAAAAAUGAUGUGGAAGUUGUUUGGACAAAUAUUGUCAAGGACUCAACUCGUCGAUAGAGAUUGUGGGUUCAACAAUUACAUGAAAAAAGGAUAAAUAGAUUUGUCAAUAUGAAAAUAAAUGACUAGAUAGAAUUAAUAAUAAAGUUUGAUUCUGUUUAACUUUA